AUGCCGGCGAACACGAACUUUUUCCAGCGAUCGACCGCUGUCAGCCUUCCCUUUUUUCGAAUUGUCAUCGACCAAAAAGGAAGCGGUGACGUCUGGCUCCGAGGGAAGCAACGUCGCGGCGACCACAAAGGCAAACAGUGCUGCGAAAGAGCAGUCAUUGCGCAGGAGCGUGAGAUGUUGCAGCAAAAGCUGGACGAGAUCAUUGCGUUCGAGUGCAUGUUCUGCGGUGAGGUAAUGAUCAAGUCGAUUCACACCUCUUUCAUUACACCGGAAGACGAGGCGAACGAAGGCAGCGAGUGGGCCAUUUGA